GUAACUUUGUGAGGCUUAUCAAGAUGAACAAACUACCAGAAAUUCACGAAUUGGGUCAGGUAAUUCUGCCGGCAUUAAAUGGCGGAAGUCUCAUUUCGUACGAGGUGGAACACUUAACACAGCUGGGUGAUAAUUACGGCAGUGUUUUGAUAUCGAUACGAGCCCAAAUAAAGCAACCCAAUGGUGAGCUCUUUGCUAAGCGACUCGUGGCCAAAGUUCCGCCCACAGAUCCAAAAUAUUGGCAAUUUAUACAACCCGAACGCACCUGUCUGGCUGAGAAUGCUGUCUACGAGAAAUUGGCACCGGCAAUAAAAGCUUUAGAGGAGGAGGCGGGCAUACCCCAGGAAGCACAAUUCGAUGGCUUUGCCCGGUACUUUGGUUCACGAAUAUCCCUCAAGCCGAACAGCAGUCAAGUGGACAAUGAUGCAAUUCUGGUGUUGGAUGAUCUGCGGUACAGUGGCUACCUGCCUGGACGAAGAUUGCAACCCUUCGACUUGCUUCACACCCAAUUGGUGCUCAAAUAUAUGGCAAGAUUUCAUGCACUUACCAUUGCUUUGCGGUUGAGAAAGCCGCAACUUUUUGAGAUGGAAGUUAGACCGUUCUUUGACAAGUUCGAUUGGCAUGCAGCUGCACCGGAGUCGAAGGCAACGAUGAUUGCGGAAACUUUAACGGACAUUCGAGAAGCAACCGGCAACGAUGAGGGGCUGGUGGAGCUGGUAAGCAAAUUGUCAAAGGAAUUCUUCAGUUUCUUGGCAAGGCCACCUAACGAAAAUAAUGCAUUUAAUAGCGUAAUUCACUCAGAUUUGUGGACAAUGAACUUAAUGUUCAAGUACGAUCAUUCCGGGAAUCCUACGCAAUUGAAAAUCAUCGACUUUCAAACCUCGCAGUUUGAUUCUGUUAUACAUGACUUGAUAUCAUUUUUGUUAACAAGCGUCUCAACUUCCGUGCUUGAGGAAAAUUACGAACACUUACUACAGGUCUACUAUGAUGCCUUUAUCGAUAGUUUACUAUCAGUUGGUGCGGAUACAACUACAUACAGCUACGAUGCGUUUCGUGCUGAGCUGAAACUCGUCGGCUAUAUUCAAGUGCCCCAUUCUAUAUUUAUGACCCGUUUCAUAUUGGCAAAUGACGUCCCUGCGACGGAUAAUGAUCUCGAUCUAAACGAUGUGCUAAAGACCAAUAGUUCGCAGCGAGUGCAUCGCAAGCUAAUUGAGAUUUGGCGACUGGCACAAAAAUUCGAAAUAUUACAUUAGUGUAAUUGGUUUGUUUUGAACCACAAAAACCAAUAAUAAUUUACUCAUGAAGAUUAUUUUCUGAUAAUAAUUAUUUCUGUAUAACUAUUUGCUAAAACAAAUUUGGGCCUCAUUAUC